CCCCCCUCCGGCCUGAAGAAACUUUUUCCUGGCUGGUUGUGACUUCCUGUUUUGUCCGGAGCCUCCUCUGUCCUCUGUUGUCUUCUGUCUCUUUUGUUUGAUUAAACUCUCCUUCACUUCUUCCUCCAUUACGCCGACCAACACACGACAAAGACCUCCAGUGAACAGCCAACCGCAGCGGGACGAUCUGGAUUCAGUGUCCGGGAAACAGAGCACGAAGCCCGAGCUGACUUCACCGGAGGUGCCGGUGUUUUUCUGGAGCUUUUGCUGAUGGAUUUUACAUAAACCGUCUGUCCUCUAAAACCACAAAUAAAGCGUCUCUGGUUCUAAUGCUAAUUAGACUCCGUGCUAAUUAGCCUGCUCUGCUAACCAGGACCAGCAGCUGAUCGAGGCGAUGACAGCGGUCUGAUCCCUCUCUGAGCGAGGGGAUUUUGGGAUGGCGGAGCUGCAGCAGACCCCCACCUCGCUGUGCUGCUGCAGGAAGUCCCCCCCGGCGUCCGGCCCCCGCUGCGUCGGUGAGUCGGGCCGGCCCGCGGCGCCGCCCGGGCCCGGGACGCCACGACGCCCCCUGGUGGACGUGGCCUCGGCGUCUAACUUCAGCUGCUUCACGCUGAGACACUUCCACCUGGACCUGCGGGUCAACUUCGCCAUGAAGGAGAUGAGCGGCUGGCUGGUUCUGGAUCUGGUUCCGGUCCAGCCGGGGGUUCAGACCCUGAUCCUGGACUCCCACCCGUCCCUCCUGAUCCACGCCAUCGACUGCAAGGUGCCGGGCGCCGGCCAGCAGGCGCCGCUGUCCCUCACGUACCGCGUGGACCCCUUCACGGACUACGGCUCCUCGCUCAACAUCAGCCUGCCGGCCGCGGCGACCACGCCGGGCCAGCUGAUCCACGUCACCGUCCGCUACACGACCACGGACGGGCCAGCGAUCUGGUGGCUGGACUCUGAGCUGACCUGUGGUCAGUCUCGUCCUCUUCUCUUCACUCAGGGUCACUCGGUGUGUAAUCGUUCCUUCUUCCCGUGUUUCGACACGCCGGCCGUCAAGAGCACGUACACCGCCACAGUCAGGGUCCCAGACGGGGUGACGGUUCUGAUGAGUGCGUCUCGCAGCUCCUUCUCCAAACUGGACCGGGUCUUCCAGUUCUCCAUGGAGUUCCCCGUCCCGUCUUACCUCGUAGCGUUGGUGGCCGGAGAGCUGCAGCACGUCGACGUGGGACCCCGGAGUCGUGUGUGGGCUGAGCCGUGUCUGCUGUCCUGUGCUGUGAAGAAACUCGGCGGCAGCGUGGAGCGCUGGCUCGGUGUUGCCGAGCAACUGUUCGGAGCGUACCUGUGGGGGCGGUGUGACAUCGUGUUUCUGCCCCCCUCCUUCCCCAUUGUUGCCAUGGAGAACCCGUGCCUGACCUUCAUCAUCGCGUCCAUCCUGGAGAGCAGCGAGUUCCUCCUCAUCGACGUCGUGCACGAGAUCGCGCAUGGCUGGUUCGGCAACGCCGUCACCAACGCCACCUGGGAGGAGAUGUGGCUGAGUGAGGGGCUCGCCACCUACGCUCAGCGCCGCAUCACCACAGAGGCCUACGGUGAGGCGUUCACGUGUCUGGAAACCGCCGUCCGAUUGGACGCCCUCCACAGACAGCUGCGUCUCCUUGGAGACAACAACCCUGUUAGCAAACUGCAGGUCAAAUUUGAGCCAGGUGUGAACCCGAGCUCUCUGAUGAAUCUCUUCACCUAUGAGAAAGGUUUCUGCUUCGUGGCGUACCUGUCUCAGCUCUGUGGAGACGUACGACGCUUUGACUGCUUCCUCAGGGACUACAUCUGUGAGUUUAAGUUUCAAAGCGUGGUGGCUCAGGAUCUCAUCGACUACUUCCUGGGUUACUUCCCCGAGCUGAAGGACGCCGCGGUCUCCCAGAGAGAAGGUCUGGAGUUUGAGCGCUGGCUGAGUGGUUCUGGCCCCCCUCUGUUUGAGCCGGACCUGUCAGCAGGGGGCACUCUGACCCGGCCCGUCCAGGAUCUGUGUGACCUUUGGCGGGGCGGCGCCCCCCCUGACCCCCAGACCGUCUCCACCUUUGACCUCUCGGCCUGGAGCACCUUCCAGAUCGUCCUGUUCCUGGACCGCAUGCUGGACCUGUCCCCCCUGCCCCGAGAUGUGAUGUCCAGUCUGUCCUCCUGCUACUCGUCUGUGUUUGACGGUCUGAAUGCUGAGGUUCAGAUCCGAUGGCUCCAGAUGGUCGUCAGGAACUCCUUCUCCCCCGAGCUGCCACGCGUCAGAGCCUUCCUGCACAAACACACGUCCAGGAUGUACACGGUGCCGCUGUACGACGACCUGGUUGCCGGGGUGAUGAAGUGCGUUGCCGUGGAGAUUUUCAGCCAGACUCAGCACCGCCUGCACCCGAACCUCAGACGGACGUUACAGCAGAUUCUGUUCCAGAUCGGCAGCGCCCCGGCCAAUCAGAACGGCCCGGCCAAUCAGAACAGCCCUGCUCUGUCCGUCCCGCCCCCCUCGCCCUCCGCCUUCACGCAGCCGCAGCCCGCCGCCACGGCAACCGCCUCCGCUGCUGCCGGGACGCCGGCCGCCAUCGCUCUGCGGGACGUCAACGUCUCGGCGUGAC